UAGUUCACUGGAUGUAGUUUCGUUUUCCUCUUUUCCGACAAACAAGAAAUAUUAUCGUCUUCUUCGAUUGAGAGAUCAAUUCAGAGAGGGAGAGGGAGACGAUGAGUGGGAAGGUAGUGUGCGUAACUGGGGCCUCCGGCUACAUCGCGUCAUGGUUGGUGAAGCUCCUCCUUGAUCGUGGCUACACCGUCAAAGCCACAGUUCGUGAUCUCGGUGAUCCCAAGAAAACUGAGCACUUGCGUGCUUUGGAUGGAGCCAGUGAGCGGCUCCAGCUGUUCAAAGCAAAUUUAUUAGAGGAGGGUUCAUUUGAUGCUGCGGUAGAUGGUUGUGAAUGUGUUUUCCAUACGGCUUCUCCUUUCUAUUAUGCUCCUGUCGAUCCACAGGCUGAAUUUAUUGAUCCUGCAGUGAAGGGGACCCUUAAUGUUCUGGGUUCUUGUGUCAAAAUCUCUUCCAUCAAGAGGGUUGUUGUCACAUCAUCCGUGGCUGCUGUUCUAUUCAAUGGUAGACCACGAACUCCUGAUGUGAUUGUUGAUGAGACAUGGUUUUCAGAUGCAGAGUUUUGCGAGUGUGGAAAGAUGUGGUAUAUGCUAUCUAAAACCCUUGCAGAGGAGUCUGCUUGGAAGUUCUCUAAGGACAAUGGCAUUGAAAUAGUCACAAUCAAUCCAUCGAUGGUCAUCGGCCCUCUUCUGCAACCAACUUUAAACACAAGCUCUUCUGUAAUCCUGAACUUGAUAAAUGGAGCUUCUACUUACCCAAAUUCAAGCUUUGGGUGGGUAAAUGUUAAAGAUGUUGCAUUGGCACACAUCCUUGCAUUCGAGUCUCCCUCAGCAAAUGGAAGAUAUUGCUUAGUUGAAAGCGUUGCUCACUUGUCAGAGCUCCUGAAAAUAAUUCAUGAACUUUAUCCAACUCUUCAACUCCCACAAAAGUGUGCGGAUGAACAGCCAUUUAUGCCAACAUGGCAGGUCUCAAAGGAGAAGGCAAAAAGCUUAAGUAUAGAUUACAUUCCUCUUGAGUUGAGCCUGAAGGAGACUAUUGAAAGCUUGAAAGAGAAAGGGUUUGUCACUUUCUAAACAAUAGUGUUUGUCCUCUCUGGAUUGUAAACGUGUGUGUAUAUAGUUCUUGAUGGUGUUGUAGAACUCCAGUUCUCUGUUGUGCAUGGCCAAUAAUAUAAGUCUUAUUUGUUCCA